GUGAGCAGCAGAUCUCUAAGCUAGCUGUUAACUAAAGUUCACAAGGACUUUAUGAUUCCGUUAUUUAACACCGGAGAGAGGACAGUUGUCAAACAGCAUCGACCAACAUGAGCGGCAUAAAAGAAGUCAGUUUUGAUCCAAAAGAGCACCAGCACCUGCGUUAUAACCCUCUGCGGGACACCUGGGUGCUGGUAUCAGCCCACCGCAUGAAGAGACCCUGGGCAGGUCAGGUGGAAAAACCACCCGAGGAACACAUAGUGAGACAUGACCCUCGCAACCCACUCUGUCCCGGGAACACACGUGCAAAUGGAGAGGUAAAUGCAGACUAUGAAAGCACUUAUCUUUUUGAAAACGACUUCCCUGCUCUUCAGCCAGAUGCUCCAGAUCCUGGUUUGGAUCAACAUCCACUGUUCCAGUCUAAAGCUGCCAGGGGCAUCUGUAAGGUCAUGUGUUUCCAUCCCUGGUCUGACAUCACCCUUCCUCUUAUGAAAAAACAAGAGAUUGUAAAGGUGAUUGACAAGUGGGCAGAGCUCGUUGAAGAACUAGGCACCAAGUACCCCUGGGUUCAGAUCUUUGAGAAUAAAGGAGCUAUGAUGGGCUGCUCAAAUCCACAUCCUCACUGUCAGGUGUGGGCCAGCAGCUUCCUGCCAAAUGAGCCAGCUUUGUCAGAUCGCUGUCAGAGAGCCUACUAUCAGAAACACGGAGAACCGAUGCUGCUGCAAUACGCCAAACAAGAGGCUGAGAAAAAGGAGCGUGUGGUGGUGGAGAGCUCUGAUUGGCUCGCGGUGGUUCCAUAUUGGGCAACAUGGCCCUACCAGACGCUGUUGUUACCCCGACGACAUGUCCUCAGGCUCAUGUGUGAAGCCCAAGAUCUGGCUGACAUCAUGAGGCGACUGCUGACCAAGUAUGACAAUCUGUUUGAAAUCUCCUUCCCCUACUCCAUGGGCUGGCAUGGAGCCCCAACUGGCCCCCAUUCAAAGAAUGACAACUCUCAUUGGCAGCUACAUGCUCACUACUACCCUCCUCUGCUGCGUUCAGCUACAGUUAAGAAGUUUAUGGUCGGGUAUGAGAUGCUUGCACAGGAACAAAGGGACCUCACCCCUGAACAGGCUGCUGAGAAACUUAGGAACCUACCCGAAGAGCACUAUAAAACCAGAGAGAACCUGGGAAAAGGAGAGGAAAGAGAAAAAGAAGACAGAGGAAAGUAAAAGUGAAACGAUCUGCGUGAUGAUUAGAAGUGCACCUCAACCACUAGAAGAAAAUCUUUGCAUUGUACAUUUCUGCAAACCACAGAUAUGUUGCAUUUGUACAUUUCAAGCAUCAUAUACCUGUGACACAGUUCACAUUCUAUGUUUAUGAGCUGACUGUCAUCAGAAGGUGGAGGAGACGGCGAAUGGUGUGAUACUUAGGUAAGAUGGCUGCCAAACUGCAGAAAACUAUGAACCACUCUGUGAGACCAACAAACAUCAGAUAUGGUUAUUUUUAAGUGAAUUGUCUGAGGCAUAUCCUGCUGAGAUUCUGUCACCAAAACUGUGUGUUUUUACUGAAACACUGGCAGCAUUUCCACCCAUGAUAUUGCCACCAAAAGUGGCCAUUUUAAGCCAAAAUAGGAUCUUUCUCUAACCAUAACCAAGGGGAUUUUCUGCCUAAACAUAACCACACAUUAACCACAGUGUUGUUGAAAAGUAUAGUUUCAACAUAUUAUCUCCAUAAUAAUGUACAAAUGUUACAUGUCCAUGGUUUGCCAAAACUUACAAAAUUAACAUUUGUCCUGGCAAGGAUGAAAAUACAGCUGUAUUAAACCCAUAGUUGUUGUUUUUUUUCUUUUGAUGUACAUACAUGAUAGCUUUUGUUUUGGAAGUACUGUAAAAAAUAUCUGAAGUUGAUAUGUGACUGAAAGUGGUCCAAUAUAUUAAAGUGCCUUUGCAAAUACAGGGCUUUAAGAUAAUCCUACUUGCAGAAUAUGGGGUACAUGUAUGUUUUCAAUACAUUUGUCAGCACAAAGCUGGUCCCGGGCUCUGUUCUAUAAUUAUGAAAUGGACUUCAAACAAAAUGUGCUAUGGAACUCUGCAUCCAUGUUUUAGGGAGAUAAUGAGAGAACAUUAUUCCUUUCUUCUCCGCUGUCCCUUCUGUUGAAUUUAAACAAACUUUGUUUGUUGUUUGGUUAUGUUGGAAGCCUUUCAACCACAACGUUUUUUUUUCUGCAACACAAUGAGUUAUUUGUGAUUCAAAUGAAUGUCUUUGUUUCCUGUGAACGUUUUUACAUGGAAAAUAAUUCCCGAAGUUGUUAACUGUUUGACAGCUUUCAGCCUCCAGAGGUGUGACAGUUAAUUUCAUAGAGAAAAUCAAUGACUUAACAUAUGCCAUGUCACCUGUUUAUGUUAACAGAGACACUGUUAUACUGAAUCAUUAUCAAGUUGACUUCAUGUCAUCCUUAUCAGGCAGCUCCAAAUCCUGAGUUUGAUACACUUAAAACAUAUUGGUAAUAAAAGUUGGAACAUGUCUGGAAUUCAAUACAAAAACAAUACUGACAC